AGAACAUUUUAAAAAUCUAAAGAAUAUAUUUCCAUAAUAAAAAAACUUUUUGCAAUUGAAAGAUCACAUGGAUGUUAAAGGUUUUUCGUGGAACCUUCAGUGCCAGUAAAGAACAUUUAUUUUUAAGAUUGUAUAGUCACACAAGGAAGUCCACUAAACUGUUUUUUUAAGCACUCACAUAACCCAAGUUUAGGAUUUAUUGAUGGUAGGCAUGGACAGAUUGUUCCUAACUUCAUGAACACAAAACAUGACUGGAAAAGUUAUAUAGCUGCGGUGUACUGUGAAACACUAAAAAAAAAGCUGAAACAGUUCCAGAAUUGGGGUUGUAAAGGAGCGCCCUCAUUUCCACUUUACUGUGUCUGAGCAUUUUCUCAAUUGGUUACAUAUGUGUCCCUGCUUGUUAUUGACAGUCCUCAGAUGGCCAGGCAGGAUAUCAGCUUGUGGGGGAACUUUUUUUAACCUCAAAACAUUAUUUGUGUGACCAAAGCCUUUAAAUAGUGGAGUCAGAAGUCCCUUCACCAGUAUCAGCGCAUCACAACAUGUGGACAUUCACAAGCACACUCCUGCUUACAUACUGCCUCUGGGCAGCUCUCGUUCAGAGCCAGGAUCAUGACGACAUCCAGCCAGGAUACAGGAGGAACGUCUGGGAAAACAUGAAUGACUUUCUUACCAAAGGUACCAAAGAUAAAUGCAGCUCAAGUGUGAUAGGACAAGGAGAUCUCACAAAGCUCCGCAUUACUUGCCAUGGCAUGGAGCGCUCUUACUGGUGCGAGUUCCAGGGCAAGCCUCAGGUCUGCCGCUCUUACAACAAGAACCCAUCGCACUAUUUCAAGCAGAUCAUGUGGGACCUCCGCAAGCUGCCGAAUGCUUGCCAGGGCAAGCGCAUCCUCAAGCCUCUCAUGUGUAGGAGAGUUUCAGAUGAGGCCAAGAUGGUCUUCACAAGCGCAUCCUUUUCAGACACCAAGCCAAUGGACAUGCCCUACAGUAAAAUUACUACACCCAAACCAACUAUAUCACAACCAACUACGCCGGUGCCCAUGAGUGAGGCCAAGAAACUUGCCCAGGACUACUGCUGGAACAAUUUGCAGGGUGUCUGUUCCUUUUUCAUAGGGUGGUUCAGAAACUAAGAAAAGGCCACUCCCAUGUCCACAGACGAUUAACCCAAUUCAAGAUGACUCCAAAUGCCUUAACCGCAUGAUGUUUUGGACUGAGGGGGAAAAAUGGAGGUGUUUGUUAAGACUGACAGGACUUUGGGAACACCAUUAAUAUUUUCUUAUGUAUGCCAAAUGUACAGACUCUAAUGUACAUGUAAUCAGAAUUGACAAGAUUAGACAGGUAUCAAUUAAUUUAGAUGUUGAGCAUAAUGCUGGCUUGUUUUCUUCUCCAAUUGUAAACUAUAUGAUGAGGAACUUCAUCUUAGCAUGUGUACUGAAUGCUAUAUGUGUAUUAAUCUUGCUAUGUUAUAUAUUUAUGAGUGCUGACCAACUGAGUCAACAUCUCUGAGAGCUGUGCAGCCACAGGUAACUUCAGACUGUAAUAUAUCAAUGUGAAAAUGUAUAAU